UUUUUCCGUAAAAAUCAAAUCAACCAAAAACCCAAAUUCCAAUUUCCACACACCUUUUUCUUCUUCUUCUUCUUCUUCUUGUUAUGCACAUUUGCCUAAACACACAGAAAUUGCAACAAGAAAGAAGAAGGUGCGGUGUGAUUGGAUUGGGAUUGCUGUGAUCCCAGCCCUCGUGUUCAGACCCAAAUCUGGAGCCUGAGGGGAAGCAGAUCCGUUACAGAUCGCCUUCGUCGGCCGAACUCCUCGAAUCUCAGGCCAAUUCUCCCCCCUCCGAUCACUCCCAAAUGCUGAAACGUCCUCCCAGAGGGAGCUCCGACUCCCUCUCCGACAAGCUCUACAAGUACCGGAGCCUCCUCCUCCUCGUCUCCGUCCCUCUUCUCCUCCUGACCACGCUCCUCUACCUCACCCCCUCCUCUCGCAUUCUCGUUCAGACUCCCGCUUCCACCUCCUACGCCGUCAUCUUCGACGCCGGAAGCUCCGGCAGCCGCGUCCACGUCUUCUCUUUCGACCGCAACCUCAACCUCCUCCCCAUCGGCAAAGAUCUCGAGCUCUUCCUUCAGAAAAAGCCCGGCCUCAGCUCCUACGCCGCCGAUCCCCGCAGCGCCGCCAACUCACUCACCGAUCUCCUCCAGAAGGCGGAGGCCGCCGUUCCCCAAGACCUCCGUCCCUUCACCCCCGUCCGCGUUGGCGCAACCGCCGGCCUGAGAGCGUUGGGGGCUGAUGCUUCCAAUCGCAUUCUUCAGGCCGUUAGGGAUUUGUUGAAACAAACGAGCUCCCUCAACUCCCGCCCUGAUUCUGUUACCGUCAUUGAUGGAACUCAGGAGGGUUCAUUCCAGUGGGUGACUAUCAACUAUCUUCUAGGCAAUUUGGGGAAGCAAUAUUCGGAUACGGUUGGGGUAGUUGAUCUCGGGGGUGGAUCUGUUCAAAUGGCUUAUGCCAUCUCAGACGCAGAUGCUGCAAAGGCACCUAAGACUGAGGACGGCGAGGAUUCGUAUGUAAGGAAAAUGUCUCUUAAAGGAACUAAUUAUAACCUCUAUGUUCACAGUUAUCUGCGUUACGGGUUACUAGCAGCUCGAGCAGAGAUUUUAAAGGUUUCUGAAGACUCUGGCAACCCCUGUAUUUUAGAUGGAUAUAAUGGUUCUUACAAAUAUGGAGGAGAAUCUUUUAAAGCAUCAGCUUCCUCAUCUGGAUCAAGCCUAGAUGGGUGCAGGAGUGUUGCUCUGAAGGCACUAAAAGCAAACGAAGAGACAUGUACACACAUGAAAUGCACAUUUGGCGGGGUAUGGAAUGGUGGAGGAGGGGAUGGACUAAAGAACCUUUUUGUUGCCUCGUUUUUCUUUGACAGAGCUGCUGAGGCUGGUUUUGUUAACCCAAACGAACCUGUUGCCAAAGUUCGCCCUGGAAAGUUUGACGAGGAAGCUAAGCGUGCUUGCCAAACUAAACUUGAGGAUGCCAAAUCCACGUAUCCAAAUGUUGAAGAGGACAACCUGCCUUACUUGUGCAUGGAUCUUGUUUACCAGUUUACAUUGCUUGUAGAUGGAUUUGGUCUAGAUCCAUGGCAAGAGAUUACAUUGGUGAAGAAAGUUAAAUAUAAUAACGCCUUGGUUGAAGCGGCAUGGCCACUAGGCAGUGCCAUAGAAGCGGUUUCCUCAUUAAAUUGAUUGCAUCCGGAUCACACUGGGUUGGAAAAUACAGUGGUCUUUGAUUAUUUUGGCAUCCGCGGUCUUGGAGCUCCAUUCCAUUUUUGGUAGUGCUCAGAAGCCAACCUCGGAAAUUGAUACUGGGUUGAAUUGGGAAUUGGAUUUGGUCUCUAUUUUGGGAAUAACGAGAGUAUAGUUUAAUUUAUCUUCAUUUUGUAAUCAGUCUGACUUGCAAUUCUUGAGGUUAUAGUAUGAUUCAAUUAGUUCUGUAAGUUUUGGCGGCUGAGUAAACAUAAUAGUCAUUCAUGUUGCUGUGCUCGGAGAGACGAUGCCCAGUUAUUCUCUUAUUUCCGUUUGUUUUGAGUGUCCAGUUUAAAUCAAAUUUCCUGGAAUUACCCGCACAAAGGAGUGAUGCGUACUUGGUGGGGUUGUGUAUGUUAUGUUGAUCUGUUGGAACAAAUACAUACUUAUCCAGGGCUUAUCAUCUGUUUUC